AUGGUGAAGGAGAUAUCCAAGUCAUCUGGCAACCGUGUAAGGUAUACUCGUUUGCCCACCAGCCUCCCCUCCGCCAGGGGAGGGUUGGCAGCACUGCCUCCAUCCACCUGGUCGGUUCGUCUUCGUACUCCAUUCGUCUUCCCUCGCGGCCUGUCACGCGACGCGGAGAGCAAAAUUCCACUAGUGGUUGGCAUCCCUGUAGCUGGGAAUGUGGCCGAAAUUAAGCGCAACAGCUUCCUAUGCGACUGCCGCCUGACAUGGAUGUACACGCUCCGCAACGAAACAACGAACGAGCAAGUGCGCAACGCCUUGGAAGAGCUGACUUGCAUCCUCACGGAACCUCUCCUGUACCUGGAAGGCAGCUCCACCCUGGCCUCGGACGACCUGGGCACGGAGGAGCCGGAGUUCGUUAAAGACGCGCCCGCCCCGGUCGCCAACCCUGGCUCCGACGAGGAGUACGACGAGGACGAGUCGGGCUCCCCGUCUCCUUCGGAACCCCGCAAACACCUGUUCGACAUCCCGCCCAGCCUCCUGCCCUGCCCGGAGGAGCUCACCGGGUCCGCACGCGGAACGGCGCGGCCCAACACCGUCGAGGAUUACGAGUUCGGGCUGGAGCUCAACGCCAAGAUGUCCGCCGGGCCCGCCGCGCGCGCACUCUCGGCCGCCAUCUUGUGCGUGGCGUCCGCCAUUUUGCUGGCCCUGGGCACGUGAAGCACGAUGCCGGGCCGUGGAAAGUCAUCUCGCGACGAGUAAAAAUUUGAGAGAGAGAAAAAAAGGGAAGUAAAAUCUUUUUUAGGUCGUGGUUGAAUGAAAGAUUUGUUUUCAAUGCAAUAUUAUUCAUUGUCGUUCGUGAUUGUUUUUACGGAAAUAUUGUAUCGUUUAAAUCUAUAAUUUGUUUGUUUUCUUUUCGCGAAAUUGUGAUCAGCAAGUAUUUAUAAAGAAGAUAAUAACGAACAAUAAAAAUAAUUAGUGAUUUGUUGUCUUUUUUCUUGCGAUAAACGAAUAUUUUUCUCGAAAUUUUUGCCUCUGCUUUAAUCGUCUAUGUAUGAGUCACGUGUUUAAUGUGUGCAUGAGUGUGAUUACAAAAGUCGUGUGUAAGUUGAAACAAAAAAUAUCUUAAGGUUUUUUGCUUUUUAACAGAGAAAAAAGCAUGGGUAUUCAAUAAUAACUGAUACUAUUGAUAAUAUUAUUGGCGGUGGUUUUUCUGAAAAGAAAGAUACCGCCGUCUUUGUAAAUGUUAUAUUAAGAUAAGCGUGCGUCAACCUACAAUAGGUAACUGUUCGUUAGAUAAGCGUCUCUCUCAUACUUUCACCAAUGUUACCAACUUGUAUAUGGUUAAAAAAGCCAACGUUUGUGUAAACGUAAUUCCGAAACCCCUCUAGAACUCCACAACCCAACAUGUACAGAACCGCGUUAUUUAUCAGAUUCAUCCCUUCACGCAUGAUGUAGAAUCUAUAUGUACAAUAUCUUCUUGAUUCUGAACCAAAAAAAAUGAAAUAAAUCUUAUCGCUACAGAAUGGAAACAUGUUGAGUAAAUAAAAUAUACGUGAAUCUAUUUUUAAAAAUAUAAGAGAAGAUUGAAGUUCUUGGACUCGUCCAAGGGAAUGUUGCAAUAUCCAUGUACAUCAGAGUACUACAGAUAUAUCUACUUUAUAAUACAUAAUUAUUCAUCCCGAAAUGCCUUUUUGAACUACAUAAAUGCAGAACUAUUUAGAAACUGUUUUAACAUUGAAAAUUUUUGGCUGUACGUUCUGUUGGGGUUCGUAUUUCUUAACUAUUGGUUUGCACACAUUUGCAUGAUUAAUUCGCAAAAUUUUAUCCUGAAAUAAUGCACAUUUGGCACCAUAUUUGACCCUCAUUAAUAAUUAUCGUGUGUUUGUCUCAGAAGAUCACUUACAGAGUCGAUGUAAAAACAGAUGAACAUCGCUCACAAAGUGUGACGCAAUAAUUGCUUAUCCGUAUUUGUUCUAGCACUUCUUCAGUAUCUACUCUUAAAUAUUUUGUACAUAACGUAGUUGCUAAUUUUAAUUACAAUAAGAAUUUGAAGCAGUAUUUUCCGUAUCUAUAAUGUAAUUGAAAGUAAUUGUAAGGUGUAUAUGUGCCUCUUCAGUAUUGACGACUUCAUAUUUCCGUAAAUAUGUUUUAAUUUUUCUGUAAAACUCAGAAGUAAAGAAUUUUAUGGAUGACAAUUUAUAUUUUAGUUUUAUCCUCGAAAUCAACAGUGGAAGUCAUUCUGGCCAGGCACAUAUAAUGCUGCGUAUUUGCGCUAUAUCUGGUAUUUUUUUGUAAAAUGAAAAAAUAAUACUGAUUUAGAAAGCAUUGAUUUUUUUUCAUUGUACGAAAACACGAUUUGAAUAUUGCGUCAUC